AUCCAUGUGCCCACAUGGAUGAUACUCAGUGAGGAAGGAAGUUCAAGUUUUAACGCACAACACAACUAGUACGAUUCCUCCAUAAUAUAAUCCCAUCGUUAUUCAUCUUCUUCCUUCACUAACGAAGAAGAACAAGAACAAGAGAGUUAUAGAGUUUGAACAGAAACAGACAUAUAUAUAGAUACCCACACACACACACACAUAUAUAUAUAUAGUAGUCCUUUAAAAAAAACAUAUAUAUAAUAGAAAACCCAUUAAUCUCUGGCUAUAAUACGAAGUGGGUUUGCGUUGGUUUUGUGAAAAAAUGAAAGAGAAAAGCGAGAGUGGAGGUGGGUAUGUGAGAGCGGAUCAGAUAGAUCUGAAGAGCUUGGACGAGCAGCUGCAGAGGCAUCUGAACAGAGCAUGGACGAUGGAGAAGGCCAAGAAAGGAGAUCAAGACGAAGAAGCUUCUGCCGCCACCGCUAGGCCCAACAACAGCAAUAACACCGCCGCAAGGCAAGACUGGGAGAUUGACCCUUCUAAGCUUAUCAUCAAGUCUGUCAUCGCUCGUGGCACUUUUGGGACUGUUCAUAGAGGCGUUUAUGAUGGCCAAGAUGUAGCUGUUAAGCUUCUUGAUUGGGGGGAAGAAGGACAUAGAUCGGAAGCUGAAAUAGCUUCUCUAAGAGCUGCUUUCACGCAAGAAGUUGCAGUUUGGCAUAAACUUGACCACCCUAAUGUUACCAAGUUCAUUGGGGCGACAAUGGGCUCAUCGGAGCUACAGAUACUAACCGAAAAUGGCCAAAUUGGCAUGCCUAGUAACAUGUGUUGUGUAGUUGUGGAGUAUUGUCCUGGGGGUGCACUGAAAUCUUACCUCAUAAAGAACCGAAGAAGGAAGUUGGCAUUCAAAGUAGUUGUCCAACUUGCACUAGAUCUUGCAAGAGGGCUAAGCUAUCUUCAUUCACAAAAGAUUGUGCACAGAGAUGUAAAAACAGAAAACAUGCUUCUGGACAAGACCCGUACGGUGAAAAUAGCGGAUUUUGGGGUUGCUCGCAUUGAGGCUUCUAAUCCUAAUGAUAUGACUGGAGAGACUGGAACCCUUGGUUACAUGGCUCCAGAGGUUCUCAACGGUAAUCCAUACAACAGAAAAUGUGAUGUGUAUAGUUUUGGUAUCUGCAUGUGGGAGAUAUACUGCUGUGACAUGCCGUAUCCCGACCUUAGUUUCUCAGAAGUAACAUCAGCCGUUGUCCGCCAGAAUCUAAGGCCUGAAAUACCGCGGUGUUGCCCGAGCUCUCUAGCAAACGUAAUGAAGCGGUGCUGGGAUGCAAAUCCCGACAGGCGGCCGGAGAUGGACGAGGUGGUCGCCAUGUUGGAGGCCAUCGACACGUCGAAGGGUGGAGGCAUGAUUCCUCUUGAUCAGCCUCAGGGUUGUCUCUGUUUCCGACGGUACAGAGGACCUUGAUUGAUGUGAAUCCUUCUUGAAGCAGAGAGAUCGUAUGAUUGUGGAGGGAAAUACGUGACAGUCAAUGUACUAGAAAAUUCAAUUUGUACUUUAUUCAAUUGGAAAACAGAUUGGUAAAUUAUUAAGUCGAGGAAAAUACAAAUCUGUGGAGGCUAUAGAGGGGCUCUUCAAUAUGCUGCCAUCUAUUUCUGUUUAUUGGACUAUAGAUUUUGUAUAAAGCUUUUUCAUCCU